AUGGCCUCGACUGGGACAACGCGGUUUCAUGUCAGGAUGGCUCUGGCCUGUGGACUGGUGCUGGGCCUCUUGGGCCUGGUCGAUGGAUUGGGCAAAGCAUCUUCGGACGAUUGCCCCACCAUGAUGUGGGACAACAAGACCCGAGGGAUCUACGAUAUGACGGGACGCACGCUCGAAGAGGGCUGUGCCAAGGUUGGCUGUGGCUACUACUCAAACAUGACCGAGGAUGAGGCCUACUGCAUUCAGAUGGUCAUGGGACGCUGGCAGUACACACUCGCGACCUGGAACAGCACCGCCUGCGAGCAGCUGGUUGGGUAUGGCUACAACGAACUGCUUGUGCCCGUCAGUUGCAAGUCAGGUUUUGCUACCUGGGCCUGCAAUUGCAAUGUCGGCCCCUCAAUCGGCUUUCGCUGCAUCGACAACACCUGCCAACCCAGUUCCAAUGGCCUCUCUUACGGCGAUUGCCUCAACCUUUGCACGCCCCAGCAAGGCUACAUCUGCCGUGAUAACGUCUGUGUCCUUUCCAGCGACACCAAUGCUACCAAAAGCCAAUAUGACGUGCCUCUCCACCGUUUCACCCUUGUGCCAUUUAGUCGGGAGGAGCGCAUUGCCGUGUGCCAUGCCCGCCCGUGUGAGCGCUGCUGGCGCCAGAUUGCCAUCAUGAGUUACGUCAAACGCAAAGUCAAAGCCUUGCUACCCGAUUCCCUCCUCUUCAAUCGUCUUGUCAAUUUUGAACGGCGCUUGGAUGCCGCCAUCACCCGCAAGCGACUGGAAAUUCAAGACGCACUCCGCCGACCACCCCGCACCAACGCGUACGCUCGCACACAUCCUGCCCCCAUCCUCGCGCCUCGUCACUUCAAGCAGAUUGCCCUCUCAACAACGUUUUUCUUUUUCUUUUUCGCACUCGUGCUUUCCGUCGGCCCGUUUAGUACUCUACGCGUCACCGUGACACGCCUUUGGGAGCCCCAUAUGCCACCGGUGCUCGAUGACCCCGAGCGCUUGUCCGAGCUGGCCUUUUCAGACCUUCUGCGCACAAUGGUUGUGGACAUUGAGUUUGAGGAUGGCGCGCCACGCCAAACAACACAGUGGUCCCGAGCCCCCAGCAGCGUUGCCGCCAACGGAUUUGAAAUUCGCCGGACAGCUCGUCUCCCCAAACUGGCUACCCUACUGCUCGUGCAAAACGACCUCCCUCCUCGCUUCAAGUUGCCACCCAUGCUUGCCAAUAUCUUGGGCCUAUACGCCGACACCAAAGGCACCAUCACCCAUACGCUGUGGGCCUACAUCAUGCAGAACAAGCUGAUAGAUCCCAAAAAGGACGAGCUCAUCACCUGUGAUAAAUACCUCAAACACAUCUUCUCCAAGGAAAAGCUCGCGGUUGAAGAGCUAUCGAUUGAGCUUGAUCGCGUGCUACUGCCCGUCGAUCCCAUCCGUAUUCCCGUGACUUUUGCCCGGGACAAGCAUACCGAAGUCCAGAUCUUCGACGUCAUCAUCCCUUUGAGUCUGGAGGCCAUGGAUACGACUUUUCUCCUGGCGCCGAGCACGCAGAAGCGCAUUACCGAACUCAACAUGACAGUGGAGGAGCACCUAGCCGCUCUGGACGAGUGCAGAAAGAAACGUGACACGCUUCUAGCAUUACAUGAAGACCCACAGACUUACAUUUUAAGCUGGGUGGCAUCACAGCGGGAGGACGAAAAGCUACUGGAGGGAGGCCCCGGCCUUGUGGCACGAUUGUCCCGCACGGAACGCUUCCAAGAGCCCUGGGUCGACGAAGCCAUUGCCAGCUAUUUUACCGAGCAGGCCAAUGAAAAGCGCCACAACCUUGAUGACCGCUAUCGCGCCUUGCUGGCCGCGCACGAUCAAUCAGCUAGCUCAUAGAGCAAGUCCUGCCGACCGUGCAAGCUGACUUUGGUCCCAAGGCUGUCGGAUUCCCGAUGACAUGCGUUUGAAACGUUUGGGUUGCCUUCCCCGUUGCACGUCCUGCCUGUUCGUAAUCAGUGGUGCAUUGUCUUUGUCGACUGUGCCCAGUCCUUGACAUAUGAACCCUUUUGGGAACUCUCGUUCUUCCUCUUUUUUUUUUUUUUUUGUUUUUCUGUUGCUUAUUCCUCUUUUCUAAUUCACACCCAGAUGC